AUGCCUCCAAGAAUAAGAAGACGUAUCACCUCGCUGAAACGAGAAGAGAUUGAAAAGGAGCAGGAGCAAUUGUCCCGGACGAUCGUCAGACCAUUUGAUGUGUUGAAUGGCUUGCCAGUGUCGUUCAACCCGCCUCCCAAUGGCCACUAUGAAGACGUCCUCAAACAACCACUCACUAUCAAGGACACCGGUGUCCUUUAUAGAUCAUUGAUGAAAUCGAGAUACUACUACGUUCACGUAUGUCCCAUGUUUCAACUAUAUUGGGUCAAACAAAGCUCAUAUGCCAAGAAGUUGGCAGAACAGGAUAAACCAUUGCCCAAGUCACUCAAGGAAGACAUUUUGAUCAACAGAAAAACCAUAUUGGGAAAUGAAGUCAGUGCAAGAGAUGUUAUGGUGAAGUUGUGUGAUGCAGCCAUCAGUCUAGGCCCUCAUACUUUUGAAAUUAGGCUCUUUAUAGCCAAGGAUGGACGUCCAGAAAAGAUGUCGAAAAAGGAAGAGAAGAGAUUGAAGGCAUUAAAGGAAGCCGAGGAGAAGCAAAAGCUUCUCGAAGGCGGAACUCCAGAAGCGAAGGAUCAAGAGAAACAACCUAAUAGUGGACAAGCAGAAUUACAGACUUCCAAAGAUGAACUAGGAAUUGAGCAAAAACAAGAUAAUGAAACUAAGAUAACUGAACCAGAAGGUAAGGAUAAACCAGAAGAAAAUAAACGAGAAGAAAACAAAUCAGAAGAAAACAAAUCAGAAGAAAACAAAUCAGAAGGAAAUAAAUCAGAAGAAAUCAAACCAGAAGAGCCUGAAUCCCUGCCGCUGAAGGAACAGCAAAACGAAGAAAGCGAACACAGAGAGAUAAUAAAAGAAAGGAGCAAAGAAAUUGAAAAAGACGGAAAGGAGGAAAUAACAGAUAAACACGAGGAGGAUAUCGAACGAGAGCAAGAGUCAGGGUUUAAAGAAAAGGGCGAUGCCGACAAAUCAAAAUCUGCUGAGGAACAAACAGCCGAAAUCAAGAAAUCCGUAACUGACAUGAAAAUACCUGAGAAGCUGGCAAGUGAAGCAGAUGUCACAACUAUCGCUGGAAGUGGAACCUCUAGUUCCAGCUUAUCACCAAUACCUUCUCGUGAACCAUCACCACCACGAACAUCUUCAUCCACAUCCACAUCCACAUCCAAAAAUGACCCCAAUAAUAUGAGUUCGAUUGAAAAUCAAAUCAUGAUUGCCAAUUUGAACUUUAUUGCCAGAAAAGACGAGUCUUUGAACCUGUUGAUGAAGAUUGUUGCCCUGGGUAAAGCCACUGCAGAACAGAUUUCCACUUUCCAAGCUUAUAUUAAAAGGGCAAGGGAAAUGGGCCCACCUCCACAUGAUAAGGAAAAGAAAGGCAAGAAAGUUCCCAAAGAGAAGAAGCCGCCUAAGGAAAAGAAGGAAAAGAAACCCAAGGAACCAAAAGCACCAAAAGAACCAAAACCGCCAAAAGAACCAAAAGUUCCAAAACAACCAAAAGAAAAGAAGCCUAAGAAGUUAUUAAAAUCACAAAUUCCAAAAGAUCAAAGAUUGACUGCUUUUCAAGAACGGUAUAUCAUGGAUGCCAUUUUAUUAUUUGAAUUUGUUGAAAACCCAAAUGUCAGAUUUAUGAUCCCCAAGAAUGCUAUUUGUGAAGUUUUGCCUCCUAGUACCAUGACAAAUGCUGAAGGUGAAGAUAAUUCAGACAAUAGAGAUAUUUUGGUGAGUUUCUUAUGGAUACAUAACCAGAAUGAAGUAGAUGAAUAUGAGAGUAAACUUGCUGAGUAUAACAAGAAAGUCAAGGAAGAGGAAGAAGUAAAGAAAGCUGAAGAGGAAAAGAAGAGACUCGAAGAAGAAAAAUUAAAUGGUAAACAAAAGGAGGCAGAAGCAAGCGGAGUCGGUAAAGAGACGAAUGAAAAUCCAGAUACUGAAGCAACUAACGAACCUGAAAGUAUAGAAGCAAAACUGGGAGAGACCACUCAAGUUAAAGAAGAAGAAGAAGAAGAAGAAGAAAAUGAGGACGAGGAUGAUGAACCAGAAAUUAAGGAAGAGCGACCUUAUCAGGCUCAAUCUGUUCCCGCAAAGAGAAGAGCACCACCUAGAAGAUCAUCGAGAAAGAAAAGAAAAGCCCCGGCAAGAAAAGCCAAACCUGUUGUUCCUAGAAAACUUGAACCUCCUGUUGAACCCGAGUACAAGUUUACUGCAUUUUCAUUUACUAUCCAUGGCAUUCCAUCAAGAUUUGUUCCAAUUUUUACAAAUAGUGUUAAACCUUUAGUCGAAGUGCAAGAAAGAAUAUCGAGAAUUCUUACCGUCGGUACACGAAUUUCCACUUUUUACUUGUGGUAUCAAAUGGAUGGGAAACUUGAUGAGCCACUUGCUGAGGAUAUCAGAAUGCAAUUGAAUCAAGAAGAGAAGAAGUUUACUGGUAUACCAACAAUACAUGUUGAGAAGACUCCAUCACAACCUAAAAAGAGAAAGCCAAAAGAUAAAGAUGGCGAAGGAAAGAAGAAGGCUAAGAAAGAAUCGGAUAUAAAUAACGAAGAUCUCGUUAAGGUUAAGAAAGAAGGUGAUCAGGCAGAAGGAAAUUCAGCAGAUACUGAAGAUGGCAAGCUGGUUGAAGGAACUGCAAAUCCCUCUGAGAAUAAGUCUGAGGAGGUCAGCACCCCUUCAAAUACAGUUGAAACUGCAGUAGUGGAGGAAAACACUGCCAUGGAGGUGGAUAUUAGUGAAUAUAAUCAUAAUGCUAAUAGCCCCGUCGUAGAAGAGAUUAAAGAUGAAGCGAAAAACGCUACACAAGCAAAUGUAUAA